UUUUUUUUUUUAAACUCUUUGGAUAAUUAACUAUAAUAAUCUUAAUAAAUAAUUUUCAAACCGUGAUUUUCUUUUUUAAAUGAAUCCAAAAGGAGCUGAUUUAAGACGGUUCGUUGAACGUUUUGUACAAGUUUACCAAGCUCCAAACGAACAUCAAGAAAGAAAUUUUUUAAUCAUAUUAAAAUCAAAUAUAUUACCAGGACAAGAAUUAUGGUUAUCAUAUAAACGUAGAACAGCAACUACAGCAUCACCUUUUAAUGAAGAAUUAUCAUUAAAAGUAUGGGAUGAAGCACCAACUUCAGCAUGUGGUAUGGAUGCUUUUGUUACUUUAUUAACAAGUGUUUCUUAUAAUCUUCAAACAUUUGAAUGUUUAGCAGAAAUACUUACACCUACAAGAGAAUUAGUUAUGAGAUGGAUGGCACCUUAUUUACAUAGACAUAAUAAAUAUGAUUUUGAAGAUGAUAUUUGGUUAUGUGAUCCUUGGGGAAGUGGGUAUUGGACUGAAGAUACAAGAGAACUUAAUCUUAGAAGAGAUAUGAUUCAUUGUUUAGAUAUUAUUAGACAAUUUAAUGGUAGGGAAGAUGUUAUUUCUGAAGCUUUGGGAAUUUUGGAGGAAAAGGAUGUUUCAGUAUAUUUAAAAGCUUAUUGUCAAGGAUAAAUAAUUCGGGUUGAGAAUAAAUAUAGAUGAAAGUACAAUUUUUUUUUUUACUUUUUUU